UUGGCAUUUUAAUUCAAAUACUGGGGGAAGAUAUGUGAGGUAGAUAAUCAGGAUAAUGGAUCACUUCCAGCUUAUUGUUUUGGUCUGAUGACCAUAUUUUACCUGCAGCAGUGCCAGCCACCAGUUUUACCUGUUCUAUGGAAGGAUUUGUCUGAAGAAGCAUUGAAGAAACCAAAAACAAAAGCAGAUGUUGACAAUAUGAUCCAGGAACUGAAAACGGAGGUUUGGACAUCGGACAAUGAGUACACAGUGGGCAUGUUAUGGAAAGAUUUACUGAUGUACUAUGGUGUGAACUUUGACCUAGCAGAGAACAUUAUUUGUGUAAGGUCACUAAAGGUCAUACCUAGAGCUGAGAAAAAAUGGAAGAGUAGAAGAAUUGCGAUUGAAGAUCCAUUUUCUAAUAAAAGAAAUGUAGCACGAUCUCUUCAGAACUUAAGAAUGUUUGAUUAUUUCUACAACUGCCUUCGUAAAGCAUGUCUCUACUUUAGUCUGCCAACAUCACAUCAAAAUAUCUCUCAGUACUAUGAAUGUAAAAGAAACACAAGUCAUAAAGCAAAAGAGAAUGAGAUUAAAUCUAGACUACAGUCAAUAGAAAAAAGUCACAACUCUGAGGAACAGACUGGGACGGAAUCAAAGGCAGAUACUAAAAUUGAGAGAGCUGAAAAUAUUGGGACAAUUCAGAAGGAGCUUUCAGAUAAGGAUUGUAUUUCAAAUGAUGAGGAAACUGAUAGUGAUAUUAGUAUAAAAGAAAACCUGUUCCUUGAGGAAUGUAAACAAAAGAAGUUUGAAUCUUCUGUAGAACUUGAUGAAGAUACAAGUAAUGAUACACAAGUUGAUGAUAUAGUUCCUCAAUUAAAGGAAAUAUCAAUAAAUGAUAAGGACAAUGAUGAAAAACAGUGUAAUUCAUGUCAUAUGUGUGUUCUUUGUAAGUCUCAAAAUGUGAUAGUGAAAUCAUGUAGACAUGACGUUAAACCUGUCUGUGAUAGAGAACAUUCUGCUGCUGGUACACAUGUUGUACAAGGGUCAGUGGAACAUGUUAAUAAGUGCUCAGAUUGUGGAACAGAUGAGCAUGAAGGUCUUGACAAUACACUUGAUAGGUCGGAAUUAACAGAAAGUGUACUCACUGAAAAACCUUACAAAUCUGAUAGUCAAUGUAAAGAAGAUGACUUGGUUAACAGUUUUCAGAAUGCAAAUAAUCUUGCAAAAGAUGUUUUAGACACAAUAAUAGAUUCUGUGAUUGCUGAUUCUAGUAUUGAAAUGAAGUAUAGUAUUGAUGAAACUGUUGAAGCUAAAGAUGUUACUGUAGGGUCAGGUGAUAAGGUGAUAGAUAAGACAACAGUUCAUCAAACACUUGAUGAAUCAGAUACAAGUUCAGGACUUAGUUCUGAUGAUGACAUGGAGGAAGAGUCCCCAGGUUCUAGUCCAUUAGCAAACACAGAGAAAAGAGUGUCAAGUCCAAUUGGUGCACAAUAUAAUUUUCUGUUUGAUUCUGAGACCUUGACUGAUGGAAAGGGACCAUCUGUGUUCUGUCCAAUAUGUGAGAAAGAAGGACAUUUGAAAUCCAACUGUCCAGAGGAUCAGCUUCCUGUCUUGAAGAAACUUCCACCUGUAUCCAAAACACAUCUUCAACUACUCACCACUGUCAUUAAAGGAGUUCCAGGAGAUUUCAAGUUGACUAAAGAUGAAAUUAGUGAAAGAGAAUUUGUGAGGAAAAACCUUGAAGUUCACAUACAAGGUUUAUAUCCUGACGCACAGUUACGGUUGUUUGGUUCAUCAAUGAAUGGAUUUGGAUUUCAUCAGAGUGACCUAGAUAUAUGUGUAGUCUUCAAAGAUAAGGGCCCUGAGGUAUAUAUUUUUAUUUCCAUAUGA